AUGGCUCAGCCGGUGAAUCCUGCCCGUCAGAAUGAGCCCAUCGCGAUUGUGGGGAUCGGAUGCCGUCUACCAGGAAACGUUUCCUCCCCCGCGCAGCUAUGGGACUUUCUCAUCCAGAACCGAACGGGCCAUUGCCACGUCCCUAAAGAUCGAUACAAUGCGGAACCUUUCUAUCACCCUGAUAGCGACAAACCGGGUAGCAUCAACUCCACAGGUGGAUACUUUAUACAAGAGGAUAUCCGAGCAUUCGACAAUGCAUUCUUUGGGAUUAACAAUGCCGAGGCCAAGGAGAUGGAUGCUCAGCAGCGAAAGCUGCUCGAGGUUGUUUACGAGGCGCUCGAAAACGCCGGCCUUCCCCUAGAACAUGUUCAAGGGUCAGAUACCGGUGUCUUUGUUGGCAAUUUUGCCAACGAGCACAUGCUCAUGCAGUGCAAAGACCCCGAGUACCUUUCUCGGUACAGCGCAACGGGCUCAAGCUUGGCUAUUCUGGCAAACCGAAUCACGCAUUGUUUCGAUUUGCAUGGCCCUUCCCUCGUCGUUGAUACGGCCUGUUCUGGAUCUCUUCAUGCGUUGCAUCUCGCAUGCUUGGCCUUGGAUGCGCAUGAUUGUAGCGCAGCUGUCGUGGCCAGUGCUAAUUUGAUUCAGUCACCUGAACAACAGAUGAAUGCUGUCAAGGCAGGCAUAUUGUCUCCUGACUCGGUUAGCCAUACGUUUGAUGAUUCGGCCAAUGGGUAUGGCAGGGCAGAGGCUGUUUCUGCUGUGUAUCUCAAACGACUCGGUGAUGCUGUGAGGGAUCGGGACCCCAUCAGAUCUGUAAUCAAGGGGACAGCUAUAAAUGGAAAUGGACGAACCCUUGGGAUAAUGCAGCCAUGUAUUGAGAGACAACAAGAUGUGUUCCGGGCGGCAUAUCGACGCGCAGGUUUGGAGACGAAUGAAACUGACUUCAUCGAAGCACACGGAACAGGAACAAAGGUUGGGGAUCCCAUGGAAGUAAACGCCAUUUCCGGCGUGUUCGAUCAUAUAACCGGGCGGCCUACCCUUGUCGGAGGCAUCAAGCCAAGUCUAGGGCACAGCGAAGCUGCAAGUGGGCUGACGAGCGUGAUCAAGAUUACACUCGCACUGGAAAACAGGAUCUUACCUGCUACUGUGGGUGUCGAGAACAUCAACCCGGAAAUACACACACGAGAAUGGAACGUGGAUAUUGUGACAAAGAACAUGCCGUGGCCUCAAUCGGCUACGCCGCGGGCUGGGGUGAAUGCAUCUGGAUUUGGCGGCUCCAACAGUCAUGCUAUCCUUGAAGCUGCCAAAUUGCCUUCCAGAGACAGUGCCAACGGAUCGCACAGCAUGACGGAACAUGCUACGUCUAACGGCAAUCUUUCAAACACCAACUAUGAAGAACACAAGCAGAGUUUGAUUCUCCUAUCAGCUAAAUCGGAAGCUUCUCUUACCGGGGUGGCUAGGAAUCUGGCUGCAUAUACGGUCACAGAUAGCAGUCAGUUCUCCCUGGAUGAUCUUGCGUAUACUCUUGGUUGUCGUCGCUCGAGACAUCCCAUUCGGGGAUUUUUGCUAGAAUCCCAAUCAAACUUACGCAACGGCUUUAAUGUGGAGAUGAUGAGGGUACCCGAGACCGGAUUCUCGGAAACCCUUCCAUUUGCUUUCAUCUAUACCGGCCAGGGAGCGCAAUGGGCCGGGAUGGGAGUACAGCUUAUCCGACACAACACCGUCUUUAGAGAAACGAUCCAAUAUCUCGACGAUUGUCUCCAUGCUCUUGAUUUUGACGAUGCGCCCUCGUGGACAAUCGAGGCAACCCUUCUUACCUCUGCGGCGGAAAGCGAUAUAAACCUGGCAGAGAAAUCCCAGCCACUCUGCACUGCAGUUCAGAUUGCAUUGACAGACUUACUCCAUGAUUGGGGAAUCUCACCGAAGAUAGUCUUGGGACAUUCCUCCGGCGAGCUGGCGGCGGCAUAUGCGACCGGCUUCCUCACUGCCCGGGAGGCCAUCCUGGCUUCGUAUUUUCGGGGUAUCGCUGUUUGCAAAUGCUCUCUGAACGGCGCCAUGGUCACGGUUCAACUUGACCGAUCGGAAGCGCAGCUGAUUAUUGAGGAACUUUCUUUGCAAGAAUCCAUCCAAGUUGCGUGCAUGAACUCGCCUGAAAGCACGACCAUCAGCGGCGAUGAAGUAGCGAUAGACGAUUUUGCUCGAGCUGCUAGGGACCGUAGAAUGUGGGCGAGAAAGUUGAAGACCGGUGGCAAAGCUUAUCAUUCACAUCACAUGAGCAUGGUAGGUUCAUGGUACCACUCGCUCUUGGAGCACAACUGGGGACGGAGUAGCACCUUUAAUGAAGUUAUCAACGGUACCACUCACACCAGACGGCCAGUUACAAUGGUCUCUACCGUGACAGGCGAGCAAGUAAGAAAAAGCGAAGUCGCUAUGCCAAAGUACUGGAGAAUGAACCUUGAGUCCCCGGUGCUAUUUGAAGACGCUCUUCGUACCAUAUUGAAGAGUCAUAAUUACCACUUUAUUGAGUUAGGGCCUCACUCAGCCAUGCGACUCCCUCUAGAGCAAACUGCCAUCUCAGCAGGGAAAUCAGACUAUCAUUAUAACAGUUGUCUUUCCCGCGGAAAGGACUCAUACAGGACGAUUCUUGAGCUCGUUGGGUCACUCUUUUUGCGAGGGCAUGACGGCAUAAACUACCACAAUAUCUUCCUCGAUGACAGUCGGAGAGAGCCCCAGGUCUGUUUUGAUCUUCCACCUUACCCCUGGGAUUACAGUUCCGCCGCCAUGUCAUCCACGCCUCGAGUUGUCGCCGAGUUCAAUCAUCGCAGGUAUCCGCGACACGAACUCCUCGGCUCUCAAAUUCCCGGGGGCAAUCCGGCUACCUUGACGUGGCGCAAUAUCCUGGAUCUCAAUGAAAUAGAGUGGUUGUCUCACCAUUGCUUGGGACCGUCUCCGCUCUUUCCUGCCACCGGUUAUAUUGCAAUGGCAGUGGAGGCAAUGUGUCAGGUCGCUGGAUUAGAACUCGAAGAGUGUCCCGGCGUGGAGCUCCGCAACUUGAGCUUCAUGAAAACUCUCGAUAUGGACUUUAAGCGAAAGCCUCGCGUUGAAAUAAUUACGGACAUGCGUCCCACUUGGAUAUCCAGUCAAAAUCGGUCGGGCAAAUGGUGGGAGUUCAGUGUCACAUCGGUCUCCGAGAGUGACUCCCAGUCUACGCUGCACAUGUGUGCCACAGUGAGCCUUUCUGGGGAGCAUACUCACACAGAGCGACGGAUCCAUCUCGACAAAUCUACAAUGAGGCAAGAUGCAUCACGGGUCUGGUACGAUAGAUUUACUCAAGAAGGUCUCAACUGGGGUCCCUCAUUUGCCGUGAUGAAAGAAAUCUUCAGGGACCCGGCAAUGAGAGCGCAUAAAGCAGCAGCAACCACACCUCUCGUCCAUGACAAUAACCUCACUUCCAACAGGAGUCUUCAGUACAUUGCCCAUCCAGCCUCCAUCGACGGCAUGUUCCAAACGGCAUUCGUUGCCACAGCCGGGGGACAAACGAGCAAACUUCGAGGCAAAGUGCCCGUCGUGAUCGACUCACUAUACGUUGCUCCACCUUCAGUGCUGGAUAUGACGACAGAGAACUGGUCGACCGAUGCGGUAUCUGAAGACGUUGGCUUCGGCACGGUAAUUAUCAACUCCGAGCUGUAUAAUUCAUCUGGACAGGUCUUAGUCCGCAUGAAUAAUGCCCGCUGUGUUGCUUUUCAGGGAAAAGCUCGGACAGAAGCGCCGCGGGAGCGUAACCCGUUAGUCAGAGUCGCUUGGAAGCCGGAUAUUACGGCAUUGACUAGUGAGGAUCUGUCGAGGUAUCUUGACUGGUUCGUGAAUGAGUACGAAAGCCGGGGGAUGAACGCUAGCAAGCGUCUGUUGCGACUGGCUGGUGCCCUUGAUUUGGCGUGUCAUAGACGACCAGAUAGCAGUAUUCUCGACCUCACCGGUCAAGAUGAAACUGCUGAUUUUAUGGGUGUGCUGUUACGGGCAGGAUCAUCGUUGCAGAGGUUUAGCUCUUACGUUAAAGGGGUUUUCUCGGAGUCGGGGGAAAUCCUGCGUGAGGGACUUACUGAUGAGGAGAGUGAGCGUACGCCCUCGGACGCGGGCGUGGACACUUUUAACAUCAUUCUCGUGAGGGGAAUAGCGAUCGCAACUGGAGAUGUACCAAACUUCCACUCUAAUGCAGCUAUUCAAGAUACCCAAGGCUUGACAAUAGAAUUCGGCUCCGAAGCGAUCUCAGCAACGACCAAACCGCGUCAUGUUGUCAUGGUGGGGACCCCGAAACAUUUUCUACUUUCACAACUGAUGAAUUGCAUGCAGAUUACACGAGAUAGCCGUGCAACUGGUAUAGAGUUGCAGAUACAGGAUAGCCUAGGACAAUACUUUGGAUACCCUGUCAAUAUCUUUGAUUUGUCCCAAGUGUCGUGCGAGACAGUUCCCGACCGGUCCAUUAUCAUCUCAACCCUCGAGAUUGGAAAACCUCUACUAACGGUCAUUAACGAGCGGCAAAUGGCAUUUUUGAAAAUCUGCUCCAACCAAGCAUCGAUAAUACUUUGGAUCUCAAACGGCGACUGUUUGGGAGGGAGACGUCCCGAAUCUUCUCCAGUACUCGGUCUCUCUCGUUGCUUGAUGCUGGGGCAACCGUCUCUUCAGUUCGCAGUACUAAAUGUAAAUGACAUUGCUGGAGCAUCGUCGGGCAGAAUCUCGAGCAAUGCCGUCAAGAUCCUCAAUCAGUUACUAUGUCAUGACCGCCCGGAAUUCGAAUUCUGUCAGAGGGAAGGAAUGGCCCAUGUACCUCGCUGGGAGCCAGAUGAGUCUCUCAACGCAAAAUUCCGAUUGAAGCUGAGCGAGGAGACAAUCGAGGAGCGUCUCCGCGAUGCAGGAAGCUGUCAGUUGAAUAUCAAAAACCCCGGACAGAUGGAUACCAUUCAUUUCGUACCAACGGAAUCGUCCGGAAAGAUAUCCGCUGGUGAUGUUGAGAUUGAUGUGAAAAGUGUGGGUAUGAAUGCUAAGGAUCUGUAUGUGAUUACUGCCAAGGUAGACACUGCGGGUGUAUCGUGCUCCUGCGAAUGCGCUGGCGUUGUCACGGCCGUCGGGGAAGAUGUGAUCGAUUUCAAACCCGGUGACCGAGUGGUUGUCAUGGCCCCGGGCCAUUUUGCAACAGUGGAGCGAUUUCCUCAGUGGACAGUUUGUAAGCUGCAUGAUGAUGAGGACUUUAUAACCGCGUCGACAAUACCAAUAGCGUUCUCCACGGUUAUCUAUGGCCUCAAGCACAGAGCGAAUUUGAAACCGGGAGAGUCUGUAUUUAUACACUCUGCUGCCGGGGGUGUCGGCAUUGCGGCCAUUCAAUACGCGAAGCAUUUGGGCGCCAAGGUAUUUGCCACGGUUGGGAAUCAAGCAAAAAAGGAUUUCUUGGUCGCAAAAUUCAACCUUGAUCCAGCACACAUCUUCAGUUCCCGAGACUCCUCAUUUCUUUCUGGCAUUCUUAAAGCAACAUCUGGCCGAGGAGUUGAUGUUGUUCUGAACUCUCUCACUGGUGAGCUAUUGCACUGCAGCCUCGAAGCCUGCGCAGAAUUCGGCCGCUUCGUUGAGAUAGGCAAAAGGGACAUCUUGGACCAUGGGGCACUGGACAUGGCGAUAUUAAGUCGCAAUAUCGCAUUCAUUGCGUUUGAUCUAUUUGGUCUAUAUAUGUCGAAAAGGGAAUCGCAUCAUCGGCUAUGGAGCAGUCUGCUCGUCGAUAGUAUGGAUCUUAUUCGCUCAGACAUCUGCCAGCCCUGCACUCCUCUCAGAACCUUUGAUGUUUCCGAAAUUGUUGAUGCAUUCCGCCAUCUUUCACUCGGCUCCAGGAUGGGAAAGGUGGCCGUCUCCUUCCAGAAUGAGCACAGCAAGAUCAGGAUCGUUCCAAGCAAGUACAAAACUAGAUUCAGUCAUCAAAAGACCUAUUUGAUGGUCGGAUGUCUUGGCGGACUGGGUAGGAGCUUGUCAAGAUGGAUGAUGUCUCUGGGAGCUUGCGACUUUGUCUUUCUCGGCCGCUCCGGGACAGAUAAACGUGAGGCUAAAACCUUGGUCGACGAUCUGCAGGAACAAGGAGCCCAUGUCACGGUCGUUCGCGGAGACGUCUGCAUCUAUGAAGAUGUGAAAAAUGCAAUCCGAUCUGCGAGGCUCCCCAUCGGAGGCGUGAUCCAGGCCGCGAUGUCCGUCAAUGAGUCUCUCUGGGACGACAUGUCCCUCAACCAAUGGCAUGCCACGCUUGGCCCAAAAGUACAGGGUACCUGGAACCUUCACAACGCAUUGCAGAUCGAAACCCGAGCCUCAGAGCUAGAUUUCUUCGUCAUGACAUCCUCCAUAGCCGGUACCGUGGGAACCGCCACAGAAAGCAACUACUGCGCCGCCAACGCCUUCCUCGACGCAUUUGCGCGCUACCGCAACAGCCUUGGCCUUCCCGCAGUAUCGAUCGGUUACGGAAUGAUCUCCGAAGUAGGCUACCUACACGAACACCCCCAGAUUCAAGCUCUCCUCAAGCGACAGGGCACCCAUGCAAUCACCAAAGAGGAACUUCUCCAGAUCAUGGACCUCGCCAUCGCUCACCAAAACCCCACGACCUGGGAAUCACGCUACGACCAUCUCGCAGCCAGCCACCUCCUCACGGGGGUCGAGUUCACCGGCCUCGAAGAACAGCGCGACCGCGGCUUUGAAAAAGACAAUUACAUCCUCUCCGACCCUCGCGCCUCUCUCUUCGCCACGGCCUUCUCCCGCCGAAUGGGCGGCAAUUCAACCACCCACCCCAACUCCCUCCACACCUCGAAUAACCACCUCCCCGCAGAACUAAAAAAUGCCCUCCAGGAGAGCAAGCACGGAAGCAAUCAAUCGCUUCCAAUCCUAGACGCGCUACGCAAUCUUGUAUCCAGAAAACUAUCAAAUCUCAUCCUUCUCCCCGAGGGAAAACUGCAGCCUGAUCAGCCGCUCGGUGACUUCGGGCUGGACUCGAUGCUGGCGGCGGAGUUUCGCACCUUCAUUUUUCGCACCUUGGGCGUCGAUGUACCCUUCGUCGCGCUUUUGGAUCGCGGUGCCACGGUGGAUGUUCUGGCGGGGCUUAUUGCGGAAGGGUUGAGUGUGGAUGGAUAUGAAUCUGGGGGUCUGUAGAUAAUUACUACUACUAUUAGAUAAAGGGUCGGUCAGUACUACUGCAGGGGCUCGAACACGACGACCACGACCUAUGUCUAAUUGGGCAGCAGGUGUGGUAUAUUUUACUCGAUUCUCCUGCUCGACUUGAUUGUUGGAUACCAUCAUCCAUGCUCUCUCCCCAUGACCGUUGUUGCUAAUGGCUCUCUUCCCCUGUUCUUUGUCUCUGGAGUUCGUGCCUGAGCUUGCAGGCUGCAGUUUGCAGGCUAGAAUUUACGUCAUCCAGUUGUCCUGCUUUUGCUUCCCUCCCU